AUGGAGCACAUUGCCCCAGUCACACAUCCAGCCCCGGAGCUGGAUGCUGUGACCGAGCAGCAGAUGCGCAAGCCAUCCGUCUCACUCAAUGAGAAGCCGGCCGUCAUGGAGCGCACGUGGGGUUUCGCUGCUCGUACUGACAGCACCGUGACGUACGAAGAAUACGUCUACUGGGCCAAGAUCGAGCGUGAGAUGGAGGUUGAAGAGAACAAAGUGUUCCAGGCCGAGCACGGCUCUCCUCUGGCUGGCUCGAUUAAGAACGCCUUUUCCAAAUCCGGUCGAAAGAAGGCAAAGGCGGAAAAGGAGGCCAGGCUUCAGACGAUAGCCCAGCUCCAUGAGAAACAGCCCGCUGGUGUUGUCACCGAUGUCGACAAUCCCACGCGUAACGAUUCGCUGAAAGUUACUGACGCGGAAUGGCGUAACGCUGCUCGUGCGCUGCGAACGGCGAGCUGGGGCCAGAUGUUCUUCCUCAUCACCACUGAUAUUCUUGGUUGGUCGGGUGCUCCAUUCGUCUUUGCUAGCGUGGGCUACGGCACUGGAGUCGCACUCUAUCUCAUCUUCGGUAUUUUCGCUGCCUGGGGCGGCUGGGUUAUUUGGAAGACUUUCCUCGAUCUCGACUCGUCUCGGUAUCCCAUGCAGAGCUUUGGUGAUCCGUUUUUGCGCCUCUUCGGCAAGCCCAUGCGUCAUUUCAUCAACAUCGCCCAGUCACUCCAACAAUUUUGCACCGUGGCCAUCUUGAUCUUCAGCAAGGCUUUGAACAUUGAGCAGAUCGCUCACUCAAAGGUUUGCUUUGUGGCUAUGAUGGUUGUCAUCAUGGCGGUCGGCAUGCUCGGAGGCUUUAUCCGAAGCUUGCGGAAGAUUGGAUGGAUUUCAAAUGCCGCUGUGUGGAUGAACAUUGUGAACUUCAUCAUCUGCAUGGUCGCGGCUGCACACUUUGCGCCUUACUACCCUGCUAUCACGAGAUCCACGCUUAUCCAGACCAUCGAGCCCAUCAAAGUAUUUGCCGGCAUUCCACCGAAUCAGUACCAGCAGCAAUCUCCAGGUUUUGCGGCUACAUUCAACGCCGUCAACACAAUGGUCUACGCAUACGCCGGUGCUCUCCUCUUCGUCGCGUUCCUCUCCGAAAUGAGACACCCGCUCGACUUCUGGAAAGGCAUGCUGCUCGCCCAGGCCUUCAUCUGCAUCGUCUACAUGUUCUUUGGUGUUUUCGUCUACUCCUUCUACGGCCAAUACUCUGCCAACAACAUCGUGAACGUCGUCAAUCCGUACGGCCUGCAGACCGCCGGUAACGUCCUCCGGCUCCUCUCCGGCUGGAUUGCCAUCAUCAUGUACUUCAACAUCGGCAUGAAGACGGUGUACCUCGAGGUUUUCCAAGCCAUCUUCAAGUUCCCCUCGAUUGUGGAAAAGAAGGGCAAGAUCCUGUGGUACCUCCUGGGACCCUGCUACUGGAUUCUCGCCUUCAUCGUCGCAGGCGCGGUGCCCAACCUCAACGGCAUCACCAGCUUCGUCGGUGCCGUCUUCAUGAUGAACUUCACCUACACCUUCCCCGGCAUGAUGUACCUGAGCAGCAUCAUCCACAAGGCCGCCGAACUUCCCGGCGAGGGCUUCAACCCAGCCACCCGCGAGACGAUCCGGCACGACGAUGGCAUCAAGCGCUGGAUCAGGGGGUACAAGAAGACGUGGUUCCGCAGCACCAUCGCUUUCAUCUACGUUCUUCUCGGCCUCGCUUGCUGUGGAAUGGGUACCUGGGCCGCCAUUGAAGGGUUGAUUGCCGUUUUUGGCCCCGGAGGAACCGUCGCCGUCAGCUUCGGAUGUCCUGUGCCUGUGUAA